CCUCGCUCUCGGUUUCACGCUAAUCAAUGGCAGAAAAAUGGAAAACCACUCUACUCUUUGCCUCUUCCAUUUUUCUCCUUCUCCUCUCUCUCUCCGCUGCUGUUUCCGCCCCUUUACAGCUACAAACCCUAUUUCCCCGCCCUCUUCCUUCUCCGCCCACAUUAUCAUGGAUAGACUCCGAACCCGAAUCAGAUUCACUAGCCGAAAUCGCGGAACUCAGCACUGUUAGUUCCAACACCACACUGGAAAUGCACUUAGAAUUGCAUCACUUAGAUGCCUUUUCUUCUGAAGAGACACCGGAGCGGCUUUUCGACCUUCGGCUGCAGCGCGACGCGCUUCGUGCCGAAAUGAUCUACUCACUCGUUUCGAAGGCGGUUGCGCGUAAACAUCCACGCGCGCCUGGUGUUCGUUCUGGGUUCAGUAGUUCUAUUAUCUCCGGACUUGCUCAGGGUAGUGGAGAGUACUUCACGCGCCUAGGGGUCGGUACUCCUCCGAGGUAUCUUUUUAUGGUGCUCGAUACUGGAAGCGACGUCGUGUGGGUUCAGUGUUCGCCUUGCAAGAAUUGCUACUCUCAGACCGACCCGAUUUUCGACCCGUCUAAAUCACGCUCGUUCUCUGGUAUUCCAUGUGGAUCCCGGCUUUGCCGUAGUUUAGAUUCGUCUGGAUGUAAUAAGCGCCGGAUGUGUCUUUACCAAGUAUCCUACGGCGACGGUUCGGUUACCUUCGGUGACUUCUCCACUGAAACGCUGACGUUUAGAAGGAACAGAGUUGGACGUGUGGCGCUCGGUUGUGGUCACGACAAUGAGGGUUUGUUCGUCGGUGCAGCAGGUUUGUUAGGCCUUGGUCGGGGGAGAUUAUCAUUCCCCACCCAAGCCGGACGCCGCUUCAAUCGGAAGUUCUCUUACUGUUUGGUCGACCGGUCCGCUUCCUCUAAACCCUCCUCCAUGAUUUUUGGUGACGCCGCCAUUCCCCGAACCGCGGUGUUCACACCUCUGCUAACAAAUCCAAAGCUCGACACGUUCUACUACGUUGAACUGCUUGGGAUCAGUGUGGGAGGGGCGCUUGUCCGCCGGGUCACGCCUUCUCUGUUCAAAAUGGAUCGAGCUGGCAACGGAGGCGUCAUCGUCGACUCAGGCACGUCAGUCACCCGCUUGACCCGACCCGCUUACAUAGCACUGAGGGAUGCUUUCCGUAUAGGAGCUUCGAAUUUGAAGCGGGCGCCCGAUUUCUCAUUGUUCGACACAUGCUUCGACUUGUCGGGGAAGACUUCCGUGAAGGUACCGACUGUAGUACUGCAUUUUAGAGGAGCCGAUGUGUCAUUGCCGGCAACGAAUUAUUUGAUUCCGGUGAGUAGCAGCGGAACGUUUUGCUUUGCAUUCGCGGGUACCAUGAGUGGUUUGUCCAUAAUUGGAAACAUACAGCAACAGGGUUUCCGGGUGGCUUUCGACUUAGCGGGUUCCCGGAUUGGGUUUGCGCCCCGCGGGUGCGUUUAGACACCACUACGCUUCUUUUAUAUCUUUCAACAACGGGUAAGGGGUAAACCUUUCCCUGCCUCUAUUUUAGUUAAGAACGGAGGCAAAGAAGAAGAAAUCUUGCAUGGAUUUGAAUGUAAGACGAGAAGAGAGGUAGAUGGUAAAAGGUGGGUAGAUUGUUUAGAUCAAUCAAUGUAGUUUUCUCACGUGUUGUCAGCUGUAUUUUUCAAGUAUGAAUCUACUCAAGUUUAAUUAAUUAUAAGUCGAAAUUAAGUUCCAUUUCC